AUGUGCCAGUGAAUACAGCUGCCACUCAGUGGGGGGGAUACCACACUUUAAAUCUAACAGAGAAAGAAAGAAACAUUGAACUCCAAAACAGAAUCAAACUCUCUCCUGUCAGGAAACAGAAGCAGCAGCCAAGAUAACGUGUUGACCUUCACCAUAUAAAUCGAGAUCAUCUUCUCUGGAGGAGCUCACCUCAUAAACUGUCAUGGCUCCCAGCUUGGCCCAAGCAUUCAGGAGGAGGUGGUGGAUGGCUAUCACAGCCAUUAUAGAGAACCUGCUCUGCUCUGCUGUUCUGCUGGGCUGGGGCUCACUGCUCAUCAUGCUGAAGAAUGAAGGCUUCUAUUCCCACCUUUGUAUUGAAAAUGUGACUGUCGACACCAACCUGACUUCCAUGGAGAGCGGUGUAUGGCGGAGUUGUGUGGAGCAGGAAGAGGUACUGAACCUUGGCUUCACCAUUGGCUCGUUCCUCUUGAGUGCAGCCACUUUACCCCUGGGCAUCUUGAUGGACAGAUAUGGACCUCGCCCACUGAGGCUCAUUGGCAGUUCAUGUUUCGCAGCCUCCUGUGCAAUGAUAGCUGCCGCUGCAUAUGACCCUGAAGUGCUGUCUGGCCUCAUCUUCCUUGCUGUCUCUUUCAACGGCUUCGGAGGAAUUUGCCUGACCUUCACUUCACUCACACUGCCUAACAUGUUUGGAAAUGUACGGUCAACCAUCCUAUCCCUGAUGAUCGGCUCCUAUGCUUCUUCAGCCGUCACUUUCCCUGGUGUCAAGGUGAUUUAUGACCUUGGCGUGUCGUUCCGCGUCAUCAUGUGGGUCUGGUCUGGUUUGGCCGGCCUGGUCUUUAUCAACUGCUUCCUAAACUGGCCUGCUGAAUCCUUCCCUGCACCUGAAGACAUCAGAUACACCAGUAAAAAGGUGAAGCUGAGUGGAGUUGUGACGGAAGACAAGAUCACUGGGGACAGGUAUGUCUCCCAUGUGACUGUCAUGGAAGACAUGAUGGGACCUAAGCAGCCAGAACCUGAGCAAACGAGCUCUCAAAGCACAACCCAGGGCUCGGUGCCACUCUGUCAUUCUGUGUGCUCUCCCAUCUUCCUGUGGAGUCUCAUCACCAUGGCAAUGACCCAGCUGAGGCUGAUCUUCUUCAUGGGUGCCAUGAACAAGAUGCUGGAGUUCCUGGUCGACCACGGCAACCCCAACCCCUCAGAAGAGCUGCAGAAUGAGGUGGAGGAACAAGUGGGUUUCUACUCAUCUAUCUUCGGUUCGAUGCAGCUGCUGUGUCUACUGACUUGUCCUAUGAUUGGCUACAUCAUGGACUGGAGGUUGAAGGAGUGUGAGGAGGAAAAUGCCAACACACAAACAGAGAAAAGCCAAUCAGAUCCCCCAAAGAGAGACAGAAAGAUCCAGAAACUGACCAAUGCCAUGAGAGCUUUCAUCUUCACCAACCUCCUAUUGGUCACCUUUGGAAUAAUAUCCAUGAUUGACAACUUGCCUAUACAGUUGGUGUCGUUUGUUCUGCAUACCAUAGUGAGAGGAUUUAUCCACUCCUGCUGUGGAGGACUCUAUGCUGCUGUGUAUCCAGCCAACCACUUUGGAACACUGACAGGCAUGCAGUCAAUGGUCAGUGCUGCUUUCGCCUUGCUUCAACAGCCACUGUUCAUUCUCAUGCUGGGACCCCUGAGUGGAGAUCCUUACUGGAUCAAUUUGGGCCUUCUGAUCUUCUCACUGGCUGGCUUCCUGUUGCCAGGGUAUCUGUUCUAUCACCGUAGAAACCUGAUCAGGGCAAAGGCAGAGCGUGAGAGGUUGGCUCCCAGCCUAUCAGACAAAGAGAAUGCUCCUCUAACCCAAUCAGACAGUGAUACUGCUAAAAGCCAAGCCAAAGGGCAUGCGGCUAAUGGAUACUCACCAAAUGGGCAUACUGUUUAAGGUAAUUGACAAGAGAGAAUGAUCAAUUUUAUUACACUGUUUAGUAGUUUAAUAUUCUGAGGAUGUAACCUCUCUCUGGGUUAAAAAAACUAUGACAUCUAGCAAAAUCUAAAUUAUACAAAAAAAUCUGACAAAUAAAGCAAAGGCCUCUUUAUCUUUCUUUAAAACCAACAAAACACAAGAUUACGUAUAUCAAACAGUAGUAACACAUUUCCCCAAAGUUAACGAUGGAACAGCAAGUUACAUCCGUAACCCUAACAUCAGGCUUCUUCUUUAGAAAAUGCUCUUUGACUUUUCACUAGAUGCCAUCAUGAGAUCAUUUAAAAAUGACAUUUAAAGGUGGCUCAGUGAUGGACCAGUGAAUUGCAUGCUGGGAAAGUUUCCAGGCCCAUAACCCUUGACCCAAGCAUUAAGUGACAAAAAAGAACAUAAAAAUGCAAGGACCAUAUCAUGUUUCUGCAUGUUUUAUCCUUUUCUAGCUCUAUUAGAGUGUUUCCAUUUUUCAAAGUGUAACUUCACUUUUUUGAUUAUUGAAUGGGCCUUGAAACUUGCUUGUGUUAAAGGGGAACACAUACAUGCCAUUUUCUAACAGUCUAUAAAUAUUAGCAGACAUGAGCAACUCUCUCCCAAAUCCAAAAGCUAGAGUGCUAAACUGAAAUGUUUUGUGUAAAAAGAGUGAAACUGCUCCAUGCAUUUGGAUAAUGAACUGUUUCACAGCUGAAAACACAACAUAGAUUACUAUUUAUAUAUAUAUAACACAUAAUGUAUGUCACAGUUAGGACCACUAUCUGUCAUCUUGACAUAGCAAAAUAAUUUAGACAUGUUUUUAAUGUCAACUUAAAGAAUAGCUUCACAAUUGACACAAUUGCACAUGUGUAUACUGAAGUAGGUUUUGCUUGCUGUAAUCAAUCUUCAUGUUUAUAGUGGUUAAUACUUUUUCUCUGGAAGUUAUGGGGAACAAAAUCCACAUUCCCUGCUUUGGACGAAACAGUUUAUUUAGUUAAAAUGAGGCUUCGACAGUCUGAGAGAAAUCAAGUGGAUAUUUGCACACUUGUUUUAUAAUAAAAUACCCCUUUGUGUUUUCCUGAACUGUUUCCCUGUUUAGCUGCAUGGUAGGCACAGUAACAAAGAGAGGGAAUCAAGUACUAAACAGAUUGUAACUUUGGAAAAUAUUCACAUGCUUUGGACUGUUGAAACUUUAAAUUAGCUUCAGAUAAACUUUUUAAUACAUUUAGCGUAGCAUAGAAGGAGGGCUAUGAUCUUCUCCCCAUCACAUACAUUAAAAGUGCAUUAGAAGAAGAUCUCAGUAUGAACAGGAGGAAUGGUUACAGCAAUAGUUACAGUGUUCAUAUGGGCACUUCUCUAUUAUGAUUUUUAGGCAGACAAGUAAUGUAAAAUUGUGAACCUGCCCUUCAAGGUGAAUUUGCUGUAUAUGACAAAAAGUAAUUAGUUAUCCAGAAUUUAUUUUGACAUUAUGAUCACCUGAAAAAAAAAGUUUAUCUCAAGAUAACAAGAUGUUUAAAAGAGACUAUGUAAGAAAUACAUGAAUGGAAGGCUGAAUUCAUAAAUAUUGAAACACACUUUUGCUCAGUUCUAUACACUCAGGGGUUUUGUUCCUACCACCUUACUUGAUCCAGUAAGAACAGUAGCUUUGCUCGCUCAGCCACUGUUACAAACGUUAGCUAGAGAUUGUUCUAUGAUCACAAAGCCACUUACACUGUCCACGGUCACUAUGAGAAACUUUCAUUUUGCGUUGGAGUUGGUGGUCUCUAAGGAUGUGAGUCCAAGGUUUCUUUGUUUGUAUUAUUUUGCUGUGUGACCCCCCCCCCAAGUCAUUUUUGUUGUUAUUUAUUUUGAUAUACAUGACGUCUUGCAUCCCAAUGGUUAAAAUAUCAGCUGAGUCAAAUUUAUCAUUGUGAAUACGUAAUUCAUUCCAUACCGUAGGCCUUGCUGUCAACUUCUUGAAGCUUUUUUGCCUGGCGCCCAGAAAUGUAUACAAACUGCGGCACCAUGUGACACCGAACUAGCAUCAAAUAACUGAUAUUGAUAAGAAGUGAAAGCUUAUUGUUUCAUUGCAACAUCAGCUCGCAUUAGCACAGCUACUCCUCCCACAUUUUUGACUGAAAGCGAAUACAGUAUAUCGAAGAACAGUUAAACUUCCACCUACAGAGUAUUAUUUUUCAUAUAUUUAAUGUAUAUAAAGAAACCAU